AUGAGUGAAACUCCUUCCUCCGGUUUUUCCGUGAUUCAUCCGGCUUCUUCGGAAGGGCAGGCUCCCUCCUCGCGCCGCAUGAGCGUCCCUCAACCCGUCGUGGCGAAAAGGGUCAGCUUCUACAAGAGCGGGGACCCGCAAUUCCGCGGCGUCAGCGUGGUGGUGAGCCCGCGCUCCUUUAAGACCUUCGACGCUCUGCUGGACAGCUUGUCCAGAAAGGUGCCCCUGCCCUUCGGGGUGAGGAACAUCAGCACCCCGCGCGGCAGGCACAGCAUCACGCGCCUGGAGCAGCUGGAGGACGGCGAAUCCUACCUGUGCUCCCACGACGGGAGGACGCGGCGCGUGGUCCUGCUGAGCAGGCGCGUCACGCGGAGCUUCGAGGCGUUGCUGCAGCACCUGGCGGAGGCCAUGCAGUGCCGCGUGACCAAGCUGUACGCCACCGACGGGAGGAAGGUUUCCAGUCUCCAGGCGGUGAUUCUGAGCUCUGGAGUUGUGGUGGCAGCAGGGAGGGAGCCAUUUAAACCAGGAGAUUAUGACACCCAAAAGUAUUUGCUUCCUGCUAGAUUACCAGGGGUCUCUCGUCGUGUGUUCCCCAAGGGAAAUACUAGGUCAGAAAGCCAAAAGAUGAGCACACAUGUGCGUUCAAGCCUAAGGUCUCAGAUUUAUUCUGCUUCUUCUGACAAAAUGCAUAAUAAUGAUUGCUACUCAGACCAUUCCUUUGCUCCUGAACAUUGCUUGGCCUUAGGAAAAAAGGGUUCUCAGAAUUUAUUGAUAUAUCCUUCUGAAGAUGAUGUUGAGAAAUCAAUUAUUUUUAAUCGAGAUGGCACUAUGACAGUUGAGAUGAAAGUUCGAUUCAAGAUAAAAGAAGAGGAAACCAUAAAAUGGACAACCAGUAUCAGUAGAGCUGGUCUUUCUAAUAGUCAUGAAAAGAGUGAGAUAAGCAGUUUUCCAGAAAGAACGGAUGGUCUGUCAUCUGGUUUAAAGAUUGCAGCACGUUCAUUGCCUGCAGAUGUCUCACCUCUGGAGAAAGGCAAUGAUCAAGAGGACAGUUUGGCAGAGGAGAUAAACACUCAAAUGACAGGUCAAGAGGCUGAAACUUACAGUUCUUCUGGUCAGGAGAAUUCUGCUAUGGACACAAAUACCAUCCGGGGAACUGAGGAUCAAGCAGAGCAUCAUUUUUAUAGGCCCCCUACACCUGGACCAAGGAGAGUGAGACAAAAGAAAUCUGUGAUAGGGAGUGUGACCUUAGUAUCUGAAACUGCAGUUCAAGAGAAAAUGAUUGGACAGUUUUCCUAUAGUGAAGAAAGGAAAGAUGGGGAAAACAAAUCUGAGUAUCACAUGUUUACACAUUCUUGCAGUAAAAUGUCAUCAGUAUCUAACAAACCAGUACUUGUUCAGAUAGAUAACAAUGAGCAGAUGGAGUCAUCUUUAGAAAGAAAAAAAGAAAGCAGACAGCUCAAGUCAAGUUCAGUAAGUGCUGGUGUUAUAGAAAUUACAAGCCAGAAGAGGUUAGAGAUGUCCCAUGAUGAUGGCUUUCCACACACUAUACCAGAAAACGUAAUUGUGGAGGAAGAUACAGUUGAUAGUGUAACACCAGACCACAAAACUAGUACGGAGAACUUAAGAACUUGUAACAUCAAUGAUAGGUUCUGCCCUAUUUUAACAGAUGGAGCUCAUUCUUUAAGCAACAACUCAGGAACUGACAAAACUAUUUCUGAGACCCCAGUUUCGGUAGGAUCCUCUACUGUCACCAGAAGAAUUGACAGACUAAUUAAUGAAUUUGCUCAGUGCGGUUUAACAAAACCCCCAGAAAAUGAAAAGCAGAUUUCAUCAUCUGUUGCCAGCACAACAAAGAUGAAAUCUCACCAGCAAAUGAAAAGUUAUAGGCAUCAGGAUGGAGAGAUUGCAACCAAAGGAAUUCCUUGUAAUAGUAAGAGAAUAAACACAGGAGGUGGAAUUGAACAGGAAAUUCUGUUGCAGGAUCCACACAUCCCGGUUGAAGGAGGGUUACUUCAUGAGGAAGAACUCCAUGCAAGUGAUAUCGUAAUUGAAACAAAUUAUUUUUGUUCCAAAAGUAAUCUCGAUCCUGUUAAUUCCAAGAAUUUCCAAAGAAAUAAAUUAAAUACUGUUCAGAAUCCUAAGGUUCAAGGACUUUUGCCCAAAAGAAAAUCCAGACCACUAAACAAAAUAAACCUAGGGGGCCCUGCAAAAAAAGAAACUGGUCAAGGAGAUAAAGCAUUUCCCCAUAAUGAGUUCAGAUAUGGAAAAAGUACUUCUGAAAAUCAAAAUUUAUUUCACGUAAUUAACUUUCUUGAGCAAAACCCCAGUGCUUUUUGUGGGCCACGGGCUCAGGCAGAAAUAGCAUCUUGGUAUUUGAGAGGAAUGGAAAAAAGGAGUUUAGUUCCAAAAGUUAAUAAUUCACACAUAACUCUAAAAAGCCAGAAAAAACAAAAAAGGGAUAAGUUGAAAUCAGGAACUAUUGUAAGUAAACAACAUGCUACGACAAGGGUAAAUUCCUUAGCUUCUUUGAAAAAAACUGUUUUUCCUGAGGAUAUUACCCAUCGUUCAGUUCAAAAUUAUAUACAGAGAUGGUUGCAGAACAUAAAUCCACAUUUAGCUUUGCAACCUAAAAAAUCAGCACUAAUAUGCAAAAAGGAAAGGAAUGCAGUAAAUUGUAACAAUGAUUUUCCGGGAAAUAACUAUCACAUAAGUUCUGAAAAAGGGAAGAAUUUUGUCAUGGAAAAUAAUAAGCACAUAACUAAAAAUGCCAGUUUGACAGGAGAUAACCUAGGUAUGGAGGUAGGUAAAUCUUUUGGCAAAGGUAACAGUGAAGAACUUAUUGAAGAUCUCCAUGAGAGCCAAGUUGAAUCUCUGAAUGAUGCUUUCUUGCUUUCUCUGAAUGAAUGUUGUACUUUGUCACAGUCAGCUAUUGAUAAUCAUAAUACUAAAAGUCAGGGAUCUGUUGAAAAGUCAGGACCUUGUUUACCAAGCCUUGUUUACCAAGAAAUAAACCUACCUGCAAAAGGGCAAAGUGUAGAGGCUGCCAUCCAAGUAGAUACAAUGGAAGAGGCCCCUCCAAAAGACCUCUUACCAGUACGGUUGCUUCACCAACUGCAAGCUUUAGUUCCCAGUAUUCACAAGACUCAGAGUGGUGGUGUUCAAGUGCCAGGCUCACUUGUAGAUGUUCCUUUCCAUUCCCCAAUACGUAAUUCAUCCACUAAUAUCCUUCUAGCUUGGCUCCUGGUGCUAAACCUAAAGGGAAGUGUGAAUAGCUACUGUCAAGGUGAUGCUCACAAGACUACCAACAGAACUUCAGAAAUACUUGCAUUGCUGGAGAUUCUAAAGCACAUUGCCAUCACAGAGGAAGCUGAUGACUUGAAGGCUGCUGUUGCCAAUUUAGUGGAGUCGACUACAGAUCCCUUUGGACUCACUGAGAAAGGACAAGACAUGGUUCCAUUAGGUCUUUCUGCAAAUUGUUCCACACCCAACAGUCAGAGAAUUUCUGAGUGCAUUGAAAAUGAAAAAACACAGAAACUCUCUUUAAAUGCCAGUGAGGACUGUGCUCCUGAAGUUCAUGCCUCAGAGGUGACUUGCUCUUCAUGUGAGGUGUGUACUGUGAGUAAGAUUUAUCUUCCAAAAGAGACUUGUAACCUCAGUAACAUUUUCUCCCAUAGCGAUGUCUGUACCAUGGGUCAGAGCUCUAUGAGUCAGGCUUGUUUCCCCGGAGAGGUCUGUUUACUUGCUGAUGCUGUAUCUUCUCCUAAGGCUUGUGCUCAUGAGGAAAACCGUACUUAUGAGACAGCUUGCCCAAGUGAUGGGGCCUGCCUUCCCAUUAAAGUCUGCAAUACCAAUGACUUUUUAAGUUCCAAAGAUAUCACAUAUACUGAUAAUUUGGAAUUGACUGAAGAGUUAGAAAGAGUUGAUGAUGUUCAGGAAGACCUAAAUAUUUUGACAGACCCUGGGUAUAAACAUGGCUUUAAUGUGUUGAUGCCACACCAGAAUAGCAAUUUAAACCACUGUGGCUUUUCCCUAAAUGCAAUGGAACCAGAAUUUGAUAAGGAACAUAGAGCUCUAGUUGAAUCUAGAAAUUGUUCAUUAAAGAAAUUUCAGGAUAAAAAUGCAUAUGCAUCCUUUGAUAAGGAAGAAUCCAAGACUUCUGAAGAACCAGGCUCAAUAACCAACAGCAUGACAUCAAGUGAAAGACAUAUUUCAGAACUGGAAUCUUUUGAAGAAUUAGAAAAGCAGGACAUUGAUAUUUUUAAUACAAAGGUAAAUGCAGGACAGCAAACCACUGAAGAACUGAUCCAAAAAGAGUUAGAGGCUAGUAAAAAUGUGGAAUUGAUAGAAGUCUCUAGCAGGGACAUUACAGAAGAAAGAAGGAAUGGUGUAAUUUGUGAGGCAAUCAGUAGGGAGCAGACACCACUACCAUCUUUAGUGUUUUGCUACACUCCUGAAGAGCUCAAUGAAGGAGAAAUGAAAAUGAGAGUAAAAAUGAUGGUGAAAAGCAUGGAAACUGGAAGUUGUUCAGAGUCUCCUCUUAAUUUUAAAAGCUGCUUGAAGAGAACAGCGACUUCUGAAUGGUUGGACUACACACAAGAUAGCGAGAAUGAUCAGCCAAAUAAACUGUCCAGUGAUGGCCCCAAUGACAGUGGCGAGGAGACUGCUCAAGAGAAAGAGUACAAUAAAGGAUUUGUUAAAAGAACAAUAGAAAAACUUUAUGGUAAGGUGGAGAUUGUUAAACCAUCUUUUUUCCCGGGGCCUCCAAACAGAUCUCAGGUUUGUCCUUGCAAUUCUAUGGAAUUUCCCUGUGCUAGGAAAGUAGAUCUUUAUGAUUCUGAAGGUCAGUCAUUUGGCUCUUCAGAACAGGUAUCCAGAGUUUCUAAGUUGCAGAAAUUUCAGGAGGAAAGACAAGAUAACUAUGACUUUAAUGACAUGAAGGCCAAUUAUCAUAUGGGAGACAUUGUAGAACAUAGUACAGAACGAAAUGAUCAUAACAGAGUCAUCAGGGACACAGUGGAAGGAGUACUGAUUGACAAGGGCACGUGGCUCCUGAAAGAAAAUCACCUGCUAAGAGUAUCAUCUCCUGAAAAUUCUGGCACAUGUGGCAAUGCAGACACCACAUCAGUAGAUACUCUACUUGAUAAUAAUAGUAAUGAGGUACCAUAUUCACACUUUGGAAAUUUGGCCCCAGGCUCAAACAUGGCUGAACUGUCUUUUUCAGAACUGGAGGAACUGACUCAACCCCUGGAACUGAAAUGCAGUUAUUUUAACAUGCCCCAUUGUAGUGACUCUGAGCCUUUUCAUGAGGAUUUGCUAGAUGUUCAAAACAAAACUUGUUCCAAGGGGAGAAUACCAAAUCACCAUGCAGAGGAGAAGGGUAACCUUAGGUCAGAAAGAGUAUGCACAUCUGUCACUCAUGUCUUUACUGCUGCCAACAAAGUCCAUCCUGUCUCUGAUGACACUGUUAAAAACCAGCCUUUGCCUGGAAAUAAUAAUAAUCGUGGUGCACUUCAGGAAGGCGACUCCCUGGAUAAACUCUAUGCUAUUUGUGGUCAACAUUGCCCAAUACUAACAGUUAUUUUCCAACCUAUAAACGAGGAAGACCGAGGAGUGGCAUAUUGCAAAGAUUCUGAUAUUGAAAAUUCCUUGGACAACUAUUUAUGGAUGAAACUACACCACUAUUUACUAGAGUCAAACAAAACCAUGCUCAGAGAUGAGAAUACAGCAAAUAGUGGAAAGGCAUUUAUUGAUAAUGCUAUUGGUGAUAUAUUUGAUCCAUUUUAUUUCAGUAGCACAUUUGACUUGAUAGAUAAAAGAAAAUUAAAAAGAGUUAACUUCUUGGACUUAGAGGAAGAAACUAUUUUAAAUACAUUUCAAUUCUAUUUAAAGAAAAGGUUUUGUGUGAAUUUCCUGCACACAUCAUUGUUCGUUAUGGGUAAUGUGAACUCAAACGCACAAGACCCCAGCCGUCAGACAAAGGAAAUCUUUGAAGUAGAUGAAAAUAACAACUUAUUAAACAACAGAGUCCAGAGCUCAAGGAAGAAUCUGAACCAAGUAAUAAGGGACAAUAUCAACUAUUAUUUCUUCUUUCAAAUGCUUGGGCAAGCCUGCCUAGUUUGCCAAGUUGAGACAUCCUUAAAUAUUAGCAACAGAAAUAUAUUAAAAAUAUUUUAUGUUUUUGAGGGUGAGAACCUUUUUAUUUGGGAAGAGGAAAACCGGUUCAUUUUAACUGAUUUUGAAAGUGGUGAGGAACAGGAAGAUUUAUAA